AUGGAUCAACAAGGCCAAUCUGGGGUACCAGGCCCCGCUGGCCGCAAGCUCCAUAUCGCUCACCGGAGAAGUCCAUCUGAGCUGACCCCUUUGAUGAUGGAACAGCUGGCCAUUCAGCAACAGAUCGAGCUGCUCCAGCAGCAACAGCAACAGAUUGCAGCCACACACCAGCAGUACGUGAACAUGGGCCUCUUGCAACCCCAGCAGCUGGGUCAGGUCAACGCCUUCUCUCCGGGUGGCUCGAUGGGUGGUGUCUCUCCUCAGGUCAACGCCUUCCAGUUCCCCCAGCAGCAACAGCAGCAGCUUGGGGUCCCCAUGAACGCUCCAAACCAACACUCCCACCGUCGCAACCAAUCUGCUCUCCCUGGCCUCGCGAUGGGUCCCCCUCCUGCUCCAUCGUCUGGUGCUUCCGGAUACUCCGAUUACAACCAACAAGGCCAAAAUAAUCAUCAGAAAAAUGAAAACACCACUCACGGUCGCGGCCGCGGUGGUGCCCCUAGCGGUGGUGGUCACCAGCGCCGCCACUCUCUUGCUCUCCCUGAGGCAAAGAAAGCCGCCGAGCUGGCUCAGCAGAAGCGGACGGCCUCUGGCUUCCAGUUCCCUGCCCCCGCUCCCGGUUCUGAGAACCAGUCUGCCUCGGAUGACAAGCCUGGCUCCAGCACGUCUCCGGCACCCCAGGGUCUCGGUCUGCAACGCGCAGGCAAUAUUCGCGCUGGCGGUCACGGUCGUAGUCAAUCGAUGGCCAUUGGCGGCAACCGAGGCUCCAUUUCCGGCCGCGGGGCGGGUGGGUUCCAAUUCCCUGCUCCUAGUGAGGGUCAACCCGACAACCAGCGCCGCGGCAGCCAGCCAGGUCACGCUCGCACCGGGUCUCGAAACUUUGAUGGGAACUGGCGCCAGCCCAACAACCAGAAUCAAGGUCAGGAUCAACAGAAGUCCUUCGGCGGCCAGCAGCAGCAGCAGGGAGGUGGUUUCCAACCCGGUCACCGCUCGCGCGGUUCUAUGAACCAGUCGAUGGGCUCCAUCGGCCAGUUCCAGUACCCCGGCCAGCCCCAGCUCAUCCAGCUGCCCCAGGGCCAGGUCAUGAUGGCUCCGCCACAAAUGUUCGCUGGCGGCCAGCAGCUGAACCCGCUUCAGCUCGCCCAGCUCCAGGCCCUUCAGCAGCAGAAUGGCCAGGGCAUGGGAGGCCUACAGGCGAGUCAGCACGCCCCUCCCCAGCUUUCUGUGCAGCAACAGCAGCAGCAGCAGCAACAACAGCGGAAGACUCUAUUCACUCCUUACCUGCCCCAGGCCAAUCUGCCUGCUCUGAUCAGCAACGGUCAGCUAGUUGCGGGUGUUUUGCGUGUCAACAAGAAGAACCGUUCCGACGCCUACGUGACUACUCCCGAUCUUGAUGCCGAUAUCUUUAUCUGCGGUAGCAAAGACCGCAACCGUGCUUUGGAAGGUGACUUUGUUGCCAUUGAGCUGCUGGACGUUGAUGAAGUGUGGGCCCAGAAGAAGGAGAAAGAGGAAAAGAAGAAGCGCAAGGAUAUCACGGAUGCGCGCUCUGGCAGCAAUGCUGGAAAUGAUAAGUUGGGUCGAUCGGACUCCAGUGGCGAUAGACAGGAGAUCGGCCCGGAUGGAAGCAUUCGUCGCCGUGGCAGUCUUCGUCAGCGUCCCACCCAAAAGAAGAACGACGAUGUCGAAGUUGAAGGGCAGAGCCUUCUGCUUGUCGAGGAGGACGAGAUCAGCGACGAGCAGAAGCCCCUGUACGCCGGUCACGUGGUUGCGGUUGUUGAGCGCAUUGCGGGUCAAAUGUUCUCUGGAACUUUGGGUCUACUUCGUCCCAGCAGCCAGGCGACCAAGGAGAAGCAGGAGGCGGAACGGCAGGCCAGAGAUGGUGCCCAUGGCCGCCAUCAGGAUCGCCACCAGGAGAAGCCGAAGAUCGUCUGGUUCAAGCCUACUGACAAGCGUGUACCCCUGAUCGCCAUUCCGACUGAGCAGGCUCCUCGGGACUUUGUCGAGAAGCACCAGGAUUAUGCCAACCGCAUUUUCGUUGCCUCCAUCAAGCGCUGGCCCAUCACUUCUCUGCAUCCCUUCGGUACCUUAGUGGAGCAGCUCGGCGAGAUGGGUGACCUGCGGGUUGAAACCGAUGCUCUUCUCCGUGACAACAACUUCGGAUCCGAUGAGUUUUCGGAGGCAGUCAUCAAGAGCAUCGGCUGGGAGGACUGGUCAGUUGCGAACGAGGGUGAUGCCCUCGCUUCCCGCCGUGAUUUCCGUGAAGAGACCACCUUCACCAUCGAUCCGGAGAACACCAAGGCCCUUGAGGACGCCUUCCAUGUCAAGAAGCUUGCCGAUGGCAAGGUCGAAAUCGGUGUUCACGUUGCGGACAUUGCCCACUUCGUUAAGGGCAACUCUCUCGUUGACCGGGAAGCUAAGAAACGCGGCACAGCUGUCUACUUGGUUGACCGUGUUAUGAACAUGCUGCCGCCCCGUGUCUCCACCGAGCUCUGCUCCCUUGUUCCUGGCGAGGACCGCCUCACCGUUAGCGUGAUCUUCAAGGCCAAUCCUGAGACCGGCGCAAUUGAUGAUGACGUCUGGAUCGGCAAGGGUAUUAUUAAGAGCGCUGGCCGCCUCGGCUACAACGAGGUCAACUCCGUGCUUACUGGCAAGUCGGACUCCACCAGCGCCGGUAUUACCACUGCCAGCCUUGAGUUGCUGAAUGCUAUUGCAAACAAGUUCCGUGAUGCUCGAUUCGGCAACCGUGCCACUAAUGUCCCAAGCCUGCGCCUCCUUCAGCAACUGGAUGACGAGAACGUGCCGGUCGAGUACAACAUUUUCGAGUCAAGCCCGGCCCACGAGCUUGUUGAGGAGCUCAGCCGCCAGGCUAACUUCUACGUUGCUCGCAAGUUGGUCAGCGCUAUGCCCGAAAGGGCUUUCCUGCGUCGCCAAUCUCCUCCCAACUCUCGCCGCCUGACGUUGUUCGUGGAGCGGAUGAACCGCCUUGGCUUCAGCAUGGACUCUUCCAGCAGUGGCACCCUGCAAAGCUCUCUCUGCAGGGUUGAUGAUGUCGAUCUCCGCAAGGGCAUGGAGACAUUGCUCUCUAAGGCCAUGCAGCGUGCCAAGUACUUCGUUGGAACUGGUGCUGCGGACGAGCAGCGCCAACAUUACACUCUCAACGUGCCUGUGUACACUCACUUUACCAACCCCUCUCGCCGUUAUGCUGAUAUUCUUGUGCACCGCCAGCUCGAGGCUGUCCUCUCCGAGGGUGCUAUUGAGUUCACCGAUGAUGCCGAGUCCUUGAACAAGACCGCUGAUCUGUGUAACAAUAAGAAGGAUUCGGCUCUCAACGCGCAGGAGCAGAGUGUCCACAUUGAGGCCUGCCGCAACAUGGACCGGAAAGUUCAUGAAAUUGGCGGAGACCUCAUUAGCGAGGGUAUUGUUCUCUGCGUUUACGAGUCCGCCUUUGACGUUCUCAUUCCUGAGUAUGGCUUCGAGAAGCGGGUUCACUGUGAUCAGCUGCCGCUGAAGAAGGCAGAGUACCGCAAGGACAGCCGUGUCCUCGAACUUUACUGGGAGAAGGGUGUUCCCUCUUCUGCCUACAUUCCUGAGGAUGAGCGUCCAAAGCCCGGCAACUCUCGCGCAGCCCAGGCGGCUGCUGCUGCCCGCGAAGCGGAGGCCGCUAAGGAACGUGCUCGGGAGCGCGAUGAGGCCAUGCGCAAGCAGACUGAGACUGGCACCAUGUCUGCUGACGCUGUCGAUGCCCUCUUCGAUGAUGAGGAGGAUGUCGACGAGGUGACUGAAAUGGCCGCUGGGGUGUCUCUGAAUUCGGCCGACCGGUCGACCCAGAGCAUGCCUCCGUCGCCGACUCGCAACGGCCACCAUCAGCAGGCCCCUCACCGUACUCGGUCUGACCCGAAGAUUGCCUCGAGCACCAACGAUGCUCCCGAGAACAAAUUGACCAACAAGGAGAAGUACCUGAAGCUUUUCAAGUUGAGAGAAGAAGAUGGCGAAUUCAUCCAGGACGUCACCGAGAUGACUCGUGUUCCCAUCAUCCUGAAGACCGACCUGAGCAAGAGCCCACCUUGCCUGACCGUCCGGUCUGUCAAUCCCUAUGCCCUGUAA